AUGGCUGCACAAAAUGAUAGCGAUGAGUGGAUCAUACCCUCCACAAGUAGUGAAGAGAGCCGUGUGAUGUUCGCUGCAUUGGAUUCUUUCCGGUCGGCUCAUUACAAUGUGACACAUCGGCGGCGGCAGAAUUUCUAUGCUCUUCCAUCAGCACAAUAUGAGAUGCUUGCCAGAGCUCCUUUCAACCUGCUGCAGACCUUUGAACGUGUUGAUGAGGCCAUUGAUGCGAAUGCUGAUAUUGCAUAUGAGAUUAUUAAAACAUCACUUCAAUCUUUGGGCUUCCCGCCGCAUUCAAUAUUCUGGCAUGGUUGUGCUACACCUUCGGAUUUAGACAAGGCGAGAUCGACUCUUAGACAGCUCUAUCGCGAUUGGAGUGCCGAAGGUGCACACGAACGAAAUGCGUGCUACAAGCCUGUGCUCAAAGAUCUAGAUGACAACUUCCCUGACAAUAUCUAUCGUGGGGACAAAAGCACUGUCAAGGUACUUGUUCCUGGCGCUGGUCUUGGACGCUUGGUAUUUGAGAUAUGUGGCAGGGGUUAUUCCGUGGAAGGAAACGAAAUAUCCUGGCACCAAUUAAUGACAUGUAAUUGGGCUCUGAAUUACAUCCCUCCUGGCAGCUCAUAUGUUUUACGCCCCUUCGCGACCGACUUCUCGAACAACAUCAGCAGAGAACAUCAGCUUAAAGCGGUCAUGAUACCAGAUGUACACGUUGGGUCUGAACUUGGCGAUGGGGUUGCGCGUAGUGAUCGUAUGACCAUGACUGCCUCAGAUUUUAUCGUGCUCUAUGGCGAUAGGCAGCACCAAGAUACUUUUGACGCAGUCGCAAGUGUUUUCUUCGUUGAUACGGCGCCGAAUGUCAUCAAAUACAUAGAAGUAAUACGCAAUUGCCUGAAAGAAGAGGGGAUUUGGAUCAACCUGGGUCCUUUACUUUGGCAUUUCGCAGAGCGGGGGCCACCAACGCCCGACGAACAUGUUGAUCCAAGUCAAAUGGAAGAAAGAACGGGUAUUGAGGCACCUGGAAGCUUUGAGCUUACCGACGAAGAGCUCCUACUACUAGUGGAGAAUAUGGGCUUUAUCAUUGAGAAGCGUGAAAUAUUGGACGGACAGGGGUAUAUCCAGAAUCGACACAGCAUGUUGCAGAACACGUACAAUUGUUCGCACUGGAUAGCAAGGAAGAAACCAACAGCAGCUCACUUGUGA